AUGAUCUCCACGCUCGUAGUCACUGGGUUGAUCUCGUGGCUUUCGAACACCGUGCCUGAUCAGAGUAUCCUGCCGGCUCAUUCGCUGGCGUCCAGUUACAACACUCCGCCACUUAUCCUAGCAAUCGUAUUCAACGUCAUAUCCACCACGCUUAUGGCGGGUAGCUAUUACGCUUCCGCCGACACUCGCGACAAAUCCUCGGUAUGUCUCCCUCGCCGUUCCCCAUACAUAAACUUUCGGCACCAAGCUCGUAAUAAUGUCCGUACCCCGCAACCGACAGGUCCCGUCCUCCACCCGAACCACUUCACCAACAUCGCGCACAUACUCACUGAGUCGUGCGCUCUACUUACAGCCGCCUCGCUCGUCUACAUGGCCCUGCCGCUCGCGAAUCACCCUGGGGUGUACAUAUUGGUGACACUGCUGCCUCAAGUGCAGAUCAUCUCAGCUUUGCUGGUGCUACUCCGUAUUUCACAAGGCAUCGCGUGGGGCACAACGAGCGAAGAGCUCAGUGUCGGCCGGUUUGUCGUCGAUUUGGACCGAGUGAGAGUCAGACUGGAGGAUGGGUCCAGCGAUCGAGGGAAGGAGAGCGCGGGACGGAAGGAUGGCACGAGCGUAGGUUGCGUCCCCGCACAGAGCUUGUCUCUCGAUAAUCGGCGAUCUGAUGGAUAUGCUAAAGAGGUCGUUGAGAUGAAGCGGUGUUGA